UUCAGUGCAACAGUGUGCACUGCCAAUCAGUCGAAGUACCAGCAAAGAAGGCAACUCAAGAUGGCGUGGGAAGGAGGAUUCGAGCCUAAUGGCACAGAAGGAAAGAACUUCUACAUCCCCAUGUCCAACAGGACAGGGAUUGUUAGAAGUCCUUUUGAAUACCAGCAGUACUACUUGGCAGAUCCUAUCAUGUUCAAGCUUCUGGCUUUCUACAUGUUCUUCCUGAUCUGCACUGGGACUCCCAUCAACGGUCUGACAUUGGUCGUAACGGCUCAGAACAAAAAGCUACGCCAACCUCUCAAUUACAUCCUAGUCAACCUGGCUGUGGCUGGACUCAUCAUGUGCGCCUUCGGAUUCACCAUCACCAUUACAUCUGCUAUGAACGGCUACUUCAUUCUUGGGGCAACUUUCUGUGCUAUUGAGGGAUUCAUGGCCACACUUGGAGGUGAAGUUGCUCUCUGGUCAUUGGUGGUCCUGGCUGUUGAGAGAUACAUCGUUGUCUGCAAACCCAUGGGAAGCUUCAAGUUCUCUGGAACCCAUGCUGCAGCUGGAGUUGCUUUCACUUGGGUCAUGGCUAUGGCUUGUGCUGCUCCCCCUCUUGUAGGCUGGUCAAGGUACCUUCCUGAAGGCAUGCAGUGCUCCUGUGGACCUGACUACUACACUCUAGCUCCAGGCUUCAACAAUGAAUCAUACGUCAUCUACAUGUUUGUAGUUCACUUUUUCCUCCCUGUGUUCGUCAUUUUCUUCACAUAUGGAAGCCUUGUGCUGACUGUCAAAGCUGCCGCAGCACAGCAGCAGGACUCAGAAUCUACCCAGAAGGCUGAGAGGGAAGUCACACGUAUGUGUGUGUUGAUGGUGUUUGGCUUCCUGGUAGCUUGGGUACCAUACGCUUCUUUCGCUGGCUGGAUCUUCAUGAACAAGGGAGCUUCCUUCUCAGCACUGACAGCAGCUAUUCCUGCCUUCUUUGCAAAGAGCUCAGCAUUGUACAACCCUAUCAUCUAUGUGCUGUUUAACAAACAGUUCCGUAACUGCAUGCUGAGCACUAUUGGAAUGGGUGGCAUGGUGGAGGAUGAGACCUCAGUUUCCGCAAGCAAGACAGAAGUGUCCUCUGUCUCUUAAUCACAAUGACUACAUCACAUCUCUGGACAUUUUCUUUAUUCUUUGUUAUCAGAUUUUUUUUUAAAGAUCCAGGAAAAAAACAAAGACUUUUCACAAAUGGAUUCAUGGCUUUGAUGAACUGACUCUGGACCAAACACGAGGAAUUCUAACUCACCUGUAAAUAUGUGUAUGUAAAAAAAAAUGCAUUUGCUGUGAAGUUUGUCAUGCACAGCAUUUGUCUAUCUGUGUGAGUGUGUGUGUGUGCAAGACAAAAUGAGUGUGUGAGAAGACUGUGACCAACUGUACAGCAUCUGAUGACCAACCCAACUCAAAAUGUGAGAAUGCUUUCUGCUUAUCUGAAUGUAUGUUUACAAAUUUAGACAUAUGUUUUACUUGUCUACUAUACCACUUUCAUGUAUUUUAUGAAAAAGAAAAAAAAAAUCUAGGAUGAAUAAUAAUAAUAAAUGCAUGCAUAAAAACUA